GCAAGACCCAACAGCUGCGCUGCUAACUGUUGCUGCUCCUCAUCUCUGCUACAUACGUCCAGUAUACCUCUACCCUUUGGGCCUUUGACGACUGCAGACUUUCUCAUCCUCUGGCACUACUGCGCUUUUGACAGGCUUUCCGCAUCCCCCUUGUCUUUUGCUAGGAAUAUCCUGCCUUUCCCCCGCUCUCCACCACCAUGGCGUCACGCAAGAAGGUCUUGCUGAAGGUAAUCAUUCUGGGCGACAGUGGUGUUGGCAAAACGAGCUUGAUGAACCAAUAUGUCAACAAGAAGUUCAGUGCAAGCUACAAGGCCACUAUCGGCGCCGAUUUCCUCACGAAAGAGGUGCUCGUAGACGACCGUCUGGUAACAAUGCAGAUCUGGGAUACUGCGGGUCAAGAGCGAUUUCAGUCUUUAGGCGUUGCAUUCUACCGGGGUGCGGAUUGCUGUGUUCUGGUAUACGAUGUGAAUAAUUCCAAGAGCUUCGAGGCUCUCGACAGUUGGCGCGACGAAUUCCUCAUCCAAGCGAGCCCUCGCGACCCGGAGAGCUUUCCUUUCGUUGUGAUCGGCAACAAGAUUGAUGUGGAGGAAAGCAAGCGGAUGAUUUCUUCCAAACGCGCCAUGACUUUCUGCCAAUCCAAGGGCAACAUCCCUUACUUCGAGACAAGCGCUAAGGAAGCAGUCAACGUGGAGCAGGCUUUCGAGGUCAUCGCCCGAAGCGCCCUGGCUCAAGAAGAGGCUGAGGAGUUCAACGGCGAAUUCAGCGAUCCCAUCAACAUCCACCUCGAUAGUGACCGUGAUGGCUGUGCUUGUUGAUGCGCUUCUGAGAUGGCCAUGACCUUUGAACGAUUUCCAACACGGCUGCUAUUCUUGAUUCAUUCAUGUCCUGCGUUUGUGGUUUGUAGAGCUGUUUCUUUCUUCGUUCCAUUUGGCGAGCUUGGAGGAUUGUACUUUCUACGAUAGUUUGGGAUCCAUAUAUACCUUCAAAGUUCCUCGGUGUACCAAGUUUGCCUGUUUACUAUUGUCUGUCGGGUCGCAAGGGUAUCAUAUGGGUUUCAAGCUUUUUGACUCUUCUUUUCUUGCUUAUCGGUGAUAACCUUUUGCUUUUUCCACAGCAUACUCAAUCAAUCGAGAGUCACGCACAUAAUCCUGCUGCACAUGCGCUUAUUUUCUUUGUAGCUCCUAUCA